ACAAAAAAAAGUGAUCAUCACACUGAAAGCCCGCUUUGGCCAGCUAUAUAUGCAUACAGAAUACUACUCGGGUACAGUCUAAUAUCGACCGGGUACGAUUAAGUAUAUUUACCGUACACGGAGUACAUGAAUGUGGGUCCAAGGCAGCAAGCAAUUGAAUGCGACAGUUGACAAAAAUGGCAACACCGAACAAUCGAAACCGGCAUUACACAAAAACAGUACUUUGCCGCCAUUCGCGGUGAAACGGACAUAACCUUUGUCUGCAAGCCUUGUUCAACGUCUGCACAGAACGGAACACAGGUGGGAUCCGAAGAAAUGGCGGCACUUGGCAAUGCGACCGAUGCCAUGGCGACAGAAGACACGCCUGUUAAUGAACAGAUUUCAACGUCUGCACAGAAUGUAGCACAGGCGGGUUCCGAAGAAGAGACUGCAAAUGGCAAUGCGACCGUCGUCAUGGAUACAGAAGACACGCAUGUUAAUGAACGAAUUUCAAAGUCUGCACAGAAUGUAGCACAGGCGGGUUCCGAAGAAGAGACUGCAAUUGGCAAUGCGACCGACGUCAUGGAUACAGAAGACACGCAUGUUAAUGAACAGAUUUCCUUUGUGUCGUCAACUAAUGAUGUUACUGAUGUUUGGGGUUCUACCGCCAGUGACGCCAGUGGAAUUUCGGAUGAGGAUGACAUAAGCCGUGUUCGAGAUCUGACCCUGGCAGUAAAUACUACCUUCCAAGUACCCAGAGAAAUAUAGAAGAGUCUCUGGAAGACGCAGCGCCUACCGAGUCCUUUACAGAGGAUAUGUCUGUGAUUUUUGAGGAUAGUAGCAGGCGGAUCGCAGCGCGGUAAAGACCUGCUGUGUGACAGCAUCGGCUACACAUACGUCGUGAAGGAGUUACAUCAUAGCAGUACUGUUUGGUGGUGUAGUGUCCGGAAUAAAUCAACGAGAUGUCCAGCACGUGUGCGGGAAAUCAAGGAUGGUUUCAAUCAGGGCCACCUAAACCACAACCACCCGCCAGUUCCUUCAAAGAAG